GGCUCUUUGGCUCUUCCUGCUCCGCCCGGGCCGCACCCGCAUCCUCGCUGGGCCCGCCGGGGAAUGGGGCAUUCCCUGAUCCGGCCCGGGCCCACCUGGGGCUCCCGGGUCAACUCGCCACCCCCGUGAUCGCCCGUCCGUCCUGCGCUGCAGCCCUCAGGAUGAAGAGCGGCGAGGGGGAGGUGGGCGAGCAGGCCCCCCUCAACCCAGAGGCCGAGAGUCCUGCGGGCUCGGCCACUUACAGGGACUUCGUGCAUCGCGGCUACCUGGACCUCAUGGGGGCCAGUCAGCACUCGCUGCGGGCGCUCAGCUGGCGCCGCCUCUACCUCAGCCGGGCCAAGCUCAAGGCCUCCAGCCGCACCUCCGCCUUGCUGUCGGGCUUCGCCAUGGUGGCCAUGGUGGAGGUCCAGCUGGAAAACAACUAUGAAUACCCACCCGGUCUGCUGGUAGCCUUUAGUGCCUGUACAACUGUGCUCGUGGCUGUGCACCUCUUUGCACUCAUGGUUUCCACAUGUCUGCUGCCCCACAUUGAAGCCGUUAGCAACAUCCACAACCUCAACUCUGUCCACCAGUCUCCACAUCAGAGACUCCAUCGCUAUGUGGAGCUGGCCUGGGGCUUCUCCACUGCCUUGGGCACCUUCCUCUUCCUGGCUGAAGUUGUGCUAGUUGGCUGGGUCAAGUUUGUGCCUAUUGGGGCCCCAUUAGGCACACCAGCCCCUGUGGUGCCUACCUCCCAGGUGCCUGGGACUCUGCCACCAUUGACCACGUCCUUUAGCUCAUCUUCUAAGCCAUCCCCUCCUCCCGUGGCCCCAUCUGAACCUUCUGUGUUCUGUCCACCCCGGCAAGAGUGUAGUGUUGGUGGUGGUGGUGAGGACCAUGGGCCAGGUUGGCAAGCAGCCAUGGCCUCCACAGCAAUCAUGGUACCAGUGGGGCUCGUGUUUGUGGCCUUUGCCUUGCAUUUCUAUCGCUCCUUGGUGGCACACAAGACAGACCGCCAUAAGCAGGAGCUAGAAGAGCUGAGUCGGCUGCAGGGGGAGCUGCAGGCUGUAUGAGGCUGGUGCAAACACUGCCACACUCUGAGCUUGGCCCUUAGCUUCAGGCCUACUGACACCAGUUCCUGCACCUGCUUAGAGCUACAUGAAGUAGCCAUUCUCAGGUAGAGAUAGAUUCCUGUUCCGGGUCUUUCCCGGGGCAUCUCCCACAAGAAGAGAGAUUUUUCUCCUUGAGUUUUGUCAGUUCUACUGUGACUCAGCUGAGAGGAGCAAGGAAGGCAUGAAGUUCAUGAGGUUGGUUUUGUUUUUGUAUAUUUGGCCAUACCAGGUGAUGCUCAAGCGUUACUCCUAGCUCUGCAUUAAGGAAUUACUCCUGGCAGUGCUUGGGAGACCAUGUGGGAUGCCAGGAUUUUGGACCUGUGUUGACUAUGUGCAAGGCAAAUGUCCUAUACCCUAUUUAUUUCUCGGAUCCCCAAUUUUUG